AUGGAGAUGAAAAGUAUCCUGAAAAAAAGAGUGCGGGUGGAGGACGGCAGCACCACCCAGAGCAGCUCCAUCGGGGCCGUCCGCUGGAACCUGCCGGAGGAGGUCCAGACCCACAGCUCGGCCCCCAGCAGACCCUCCAGCAACAACCUCACCAAGCGCUCACAGCAACAUCCUCAUCAGACCAGCCUGAAGGAUCUGCGCAGCCUGCAGGAGUGUGUCCAGUUCAUCCAUCACUGGAAGGAGCAAGUGGACCAAGUGUGCAAGCCGGGCGGUGCUGAUCCAGAGGAGGGCACCAGUCAGAAAGAAGCCCAGAGUUCAGACAGCCGGACGGAGCGCAGCCUGGAGGAGAGCAGGAAGCUGAUCCUGGAGUGGGCUGACGAGCUUCACCACGUCGACAAGUAUAACAAAUACAUCAAUCUUAACUCACUGACUCCGUGUCCUCAGCUCCUGAAGACGACUCCCUGGGCAUCUGUGGGUAAAGAAAAUGAAGAUGAAGAUGCCAAAGAGGAGGCGCAAAUGAGGAUCAUGGAGUGGGCAAAGGAGCUGCAGAUGGCGACUGAGAAUUGUGGUGUGCAGAGCGAGGAGCUGGGUAAAGUGUUGCGUCUCCUCGGCCUGAAGAAGAAACGUCUGGUCAACCUGCUGCCUCUGCUGGAGUUCAUCACCUGGUCUCUGCUCAAAGAAGACAGCACGAGAAUGAUUCCACAGUUAUGGCUCCUGGCAAAGCAAAGAACCUGGAAAGCAGGAAUACCAAGAUACAUCCCAAACCCAGUUUGGAGUUGGAUCUGCAGCGCAGCAGCUGACGUGGUCCUGGACCCGAUGACCAACAACCCGUGGCUGCAGCUGUCAGAGGACCAGCGUACGGUGCAGGAGGCCCUCAAGGAGUCCGACCCGCCGUUCAGCUCGCAGCGCUUCGACGGCUGGCCCUGCGUGCUGGGCUGGGAGGGCUACAGCGCCGGCCGCCACUACUGGGAGGUGGACAUCACCAAGAACGGCCACUGGCGCCUGGGGCUGACCACCGCCAACUCCAAGCGUAGCGGCCGGUUCCCCAUGACCCCCAGCCAGGGCUACUGGGCCCUGUGGCGCAGCACCAACCAGUUCUACGCCUGCACCAAACCGGAGACGGUGCUGCCCACCGGCCUCGUGCCUCAGCGUGUCGGGGUCUACUUGGACUACGAGGAGGGCCAGAUCUCCUUCUACAACGCAGAAACUAAGUCCCACAUCUACACCUUCACCGGGACCUUCAGAGGGAAGCUGUACCCGCUGCUCGCCCCCAUGGACGGACGCACACGCAUGACCAUCCAGCAGGCCGACACCGAGACAUGA